UCGCCCGCUGACAGCGAGGCUUAGGGCGGAGGAAGCGGGUCGGUUGGUGGGUCGGGAACGAGGCUCCGGCGGCCAGGCCCCGCGCAGAGCCGUUGCCAUGGCAGCCGCCGCCGGGGGCGCGGACGACGAGCCGCGCUCCGGCCGCUCGAGCUCGGAUGGGGAGUGCGCCGUGGCCCCGGAGCCGCUGACGGGCCCCGAGGGCCUCUUCUCCUUCGCGGACUUCGGGUCUGCUUUGGGCGGCGGCGCGGGCCUCCCCGGCCGGGCGUCUGGCGGGGCCCAGUCCCCGCUGCGCUACCUGCACGUCCUGUGGCAGCAGGACGCGGAGCCCCGCGAUGAGCUGCGCUGUAAGAUCCCUGCCGGCCGGCUGAGACGCGCCGCCAGGCCCCACCGCCGGCUCGGGCCCACUGGCAAGGAGGUGCACGCUCUGAAGAGGCUGAGGGACUCGGCCAAUGCCAACGACGUGGAAACAGUGCAGCAGCUGCUGGAAGAUGGCACGGAUCCCUGUGCAGCUGAUGACAAGGGCCGCACAGCUCUGCACUUUGCCUCCUGCAAUGGCAAUGACCGGAUCGUGCAGCUGCUCCUGGACCACGGGGCUGAUCCCAACCAGCGAGAUGGGCUGGGGAAUACACCGCUGCACCUGGCGGCCUGCACCAACCAUGUCCCCGUCAUCACUACACUGCUGCGAGGAGGGGCCCGUGUGGAUGCUUUGGACCGAGCUGGCCGCACGCCCCUGCACCUGGCCAAGUCAAAGCUGAACAUCCUGCAGGAGGGCCACUCCCAGUGCCUGGAGGCUGUGCGGCUGGAGGUGAAGCAGAUCAUCCAGAUGCUGAGGGAGUACCUGGAGCGCCUGGGGCGGCACGAGCAGCGGGAACGGCUGGACGACCUCUGCACCCGCCUCCAGAUGACGAGCACCAGAGAGCAGGUGGAUGAGGUGACCGACCUCCUGGCCAGCUUCACGUCCCUCAGCUUGCAGAUGCAGAACACGGAGAAGAGGUAGCAAGAGAGGCUCCAGGCUUCCUGCUCUGCCGCCGCUGCCCUCCCCCUGCCCCCGCUGCUCUCUCAUCACAAAGGAAAAGCCCGAACCUGGGACUUUGGAGCCACACGUGUCUGGUGAGGCCUUGCCCCCAGAUGCUACGGGGCAGAGACGCACUCUUCAGCGCCGCUCCCAGCCACGGUCUCUGUCAUCUCUGUGGGCGGGGACCACAGCCCCCAGCUUCCCCCUCCGCUCCCACAGCACAGCAGCCACACCUGAGCUCCGGCCGACACGCGCUGUCCUAGCGGGCCUCACUCGUCUCGCGGCCUCCCUGUCCCCCGCGGCAGGCCCCAGAGCCUUCUCUGUGACCCUUCCGGGCCGUGGGCUUGUCACAGCCAGCGGGGUGUGGGCUGAAGGCAGGCACCCUCGGGGGCUUCUUGGCUGGCCCUGAACCCCUCACCAGCAGUUAGAUUUCGACUUGCCACCUGACUUUCAAGGAGACGUUGCAGGGAGUGUCUCCGGUUGGAAGGGAGGGUUGGUGAAGCCCAGCCCUUAGAGAUACAAGGCUUGGAAGGACCCUGCUGAACCCAAGGCAGAAAAGGCCCACCCUUUUUCUCCCAGCCUUUGAAAUACCAGCAGGGCGGAGUGGUCCCUUCUGCAGCCUAGUUGUGGUGGGCUGAAUAGAGGUCCCCUCCCCCGCCCCAGAUGGCCGAGUUCUUAUCCCCAGGGACCUUGUGAACAUGACUUUAUGGGGCAAAAGGGACUUUGCAGACGGUCUUUGGGCAAGCCGACCCUCCUGGAUUACCCAGGUGGGCUUGAUGCAAUCGCAGGGACCCGAGUGACAGGAAAGCAGGUCAGAGAGGACGGAGGAGACACAGCGGGAAGGGGUCAGAGCUGAGGAACGCAGGCGCCCACGGAAGCCAGAAAAGGCAAGGAAGUGAGAUGCUCCCCUCAGAUCUCCCUGAGGGAGCCAGCCCUACUGACACUUUGACCUUAGCCCAGUGAGUCUGAUUUGAGAACUCUGACCGCCAGAACUGUAAGAGAAUAAAUGUGUGUUGUUUUAAGCCAC